GCAAUGCGACCAUGAAUCAGAUCUACGAGGCUCAGUGUGAGGAGAUGGGGCUGAAAAAGCCAACACCUGGCAGCUCAAGGCAGGACAAAGAAGCCUGGAUCAAAGUCAAAUAUGUGGAGAAGAAGUUUCUGAAGAAGCUACCUUCGGGAGAACCCCUGGCCGACCACGAGCAGAAGCCCCGCCGCUGGAGCGUGAAAAAGUGCCAGAGGUGCAACAGCACCACCAAAGCGCCCACUACUCGCAGGAAGUAUCGGCACGAGGCGGGAAAUGCGUCUCCGGCUGCCCACUCUUCAG